UCUCCUCAAAGUACCACUGUGACAAGGAGACGUCAAGGACAGUGUCGAGGGAAGCAGCGUAUAAACCAGGCAAGGCCAAUGGGCUUGAGCUAUGCAGCCUUCACGUCUCCUACAAGCUCAGCUGCUCAUGCUAUUUACCUUGUGUGUCUUAUUGGUGGGCUGGGCCACCUCCACUUACCUAGUGGAUGCCGUGCACGAAACUCCAAGAGCAAAAGCAUUAGGGAGUUUCCGAAAACCAACCACUAUCACAGCGGAGCGAACGGAAAAUCCAAACAAGAACACCAUGCCUGCUGUGAAACUGCCCAUAAUGAAGCCCCCAUGUCCCUCUCUGUCUCCGUAUCUGCGAGGCCCUAGCAAGCUUUUCUUUAAGGUAUCUCUCACUCUGGAGGAGGUGCAGAAAGAGAAUCCUCGAGUGUCAAAGGGACGCCAUCACCCAGAAGGCUGCUCAGCUCAGCAACGUGUCGCAAUAUUGAUUCCACAUCGCAACCGAGAGAAGCACUUAUUGUACCUGCUGGAGCACCUUCACCCAUUUCUGCAGCGGCAGCAGCUGGACUAGGCAUUUAUCAUCCACCAGGCUGGCAGUGCCAAGUUUAACAGAGCAAAACUGCUGAAUGUGGGAUACUUGGAGGCCCUGAAGGAAGAAGGAGAGAAAUGGGAUUGUUUCAUAUUCCACGAUGUGGACUUGGUACGAAAUGACUUCAACAUUUACAUGUGUGGCAGUCAGCCAAAGCACUUGGUAGUGGGUAGAAACAGUACAGGCUACAGGUUGCGUUACCAAGGAUACUUUGGGGGUGUAACUGCUCUAACGAGAGAGCAAUUUUCCAAGGUGAAUGGAUUUUCUAACAACUAUUGGGGCUGGGGAGCAGAGGAUGAUGACCUCCGCAUCAGAGUUGAAAUGCAGAAGAUGAAGGUUAUCCGGCCUUCUCCUCAUGUGGCCAAAUACACGAUGAUCUUCCACACGAGAGACCGAGGCAAUGAAGCAAAUCUACAGAGAAUGAAACUCUUGCGUCAGGUUUCUCAAGUGUGGAAAACAGACGGGCUAAACUCCUGCUCUUACAAGCUGCUCUCCGUGGAACACAACCCUUUGUACACGAACAUCACAGUGGACUUUGGCAGGCCGACCAAGAUUUCAUAACCAUCUCUUGUGCCUAAUGAACUGUAUGGGUAACAGAAGACAACUUCCAGGACCAACAGCAAGCACCUACCUUUUUGUUGGUGGUUUCCCAGAAUCAAGUACAUUACAGGGGGAAGAAUAGGGUUCCCCCCGCAUCCGAUCUCUAGUAGCUUUGUUAGAUGUUUAUUCCUGGACUUCAGGACAGUACUGGCCAGUUGGCGACUGUGGUUAACUUGAAUAACUCUAUGAUCAUGGUUUUUUCUUUGAUUAAAAAUAUUCCUUCCUCUGGAGGGAAUUGACUUCCACUGCCUGAAAGCUAUCUGUUUUGAUAGCUGAUGUUGAAUCUCCACCAUUUUAAAGUGGAAACAGGGAUAUAA